GACGAUCCGGAUUUUUGAAAAUUUAUUUUGUUAGUUUAUUUGUGAUUCCUCAAAAAAAAAAAGUGGAAUAAAAAUUUAAUAUUUUAUUCUAGUUUGAUAAAUUCUAAAGUAUUUGUUUAAAUUAUUUUUUUCGGGUUCAUUAGGGUAUCGAAAUUAUUUUGUCUGUUUUGAAUUGAAUACCAUGUUAAAUAUGUGAAUUACUUAUUCUAUGGUUUAAGUUUAUUAUCUGGAUAUAAUUUUUGCUUGUGUGUAUUUUUGUUACUAACUACUAUGUUGUUUAAUGAUUAUUUAUGAUUUUUUUAAAAAUGGAUUACUGGAAAAUGAAUUUCAAAAAAAAAAUACAAAAAUGAUUUGAAAAAUUCUUUUAAUUACUUAAAAAAGACUAUAAAUAUUUUAAGGAGUUUUUAAAGUAUUAAAUAUAUUAUUUUUAUAAAGGUAUGAUUUUUAAAUAUUUCCUAAACACAGCUAACUUCAGAAUUUUGUACAAAUUUUGAAAAUGUUCUAUAAAUCCUGAAACUUUUAUGUGAUUAGUUUAAUAAUAUUUCGGGAUUUGUAUAAAUAUUUUGGUAGUUGUCGGGGGAAAUUUUGCUGCGAGUUAUCUCUGUAAAUCAGUUAAAAGCGGGUAUAUGAUAGCUGAUUAGUCAGUACAUGAAAUAGAUGGCAGUUUAUAAUUAAGCGCGUGACCUUGCAUCUUUACUAACCUUCCGCCACCUGUAUUUUAUUUUGUUCUAUCUUCAGAAGUUAAAACCCCCAAUUCUCACAAUCUCUCUCCCUCGUGAAUCCCUCAGUUCAUCACCAUCCUUUUCACUUCCCCUCUGUACACAAUCCUCGCCUCCAUCACUCACCCUUGCAUCUUCACUGCUUUGUCUUCAGCCGCCGUGCUUUGUUAGGUUGUCUUUUCGCCGCCGUGUCCACUGGAAUCACGUGACGUUGCUUCUUCACCACCUUGUCUCUCCACCGCUGACCUUCUUCGCGCGCCGCCGCCGCUGCCCGUUCUUCUUGCUCAUCCCGGCGAAUUCACAUCCCCUCUCCUGAUAUUGUAAUCAAUGGAAUGGAACGAGACGUUGAUCGAGGCAUUGAUCGAGAAGUGAUUAAAAUGGUUAUUCAGAAAUAGCUAAGUUGUGUUGCAAGUGGAAGUUAGGCAGAGAUUGCUAUAGAUAGAGUCUUGUCAGAAGCUGGCAGAAAGGAAUGAUAUGGCACUACAUAGUGUUAUUAGAAAUCUGAGCUAGACACCGGAGUUAAGAUAAUGUUAAAGAUGGUUCGCCUAUUUAGGCUAAGCAUAAGAGUAAGGCUAGGCGAGGAUUGCAAGUGACUAAGUUUCAACCUGAUGGUCAGGAAGAGUAUCCAAGAUCGAGUCCUUGGGACUAGUGGUAAUUAGAGUUGUCUAAAUUUGAUUUAGUUGUAAAAGCAUGUAAUAAGAUUUAUUAGUUUUACUUUUCUGAUUUCAAUAAUAUAGCCUGUUUGCGAUCCUGUUUUAAAGGGGGUUGAACUUUGUUUUUUUCUUAAAUCUUUUAUUAAAGCUUUUAGGUUUUAAAUUCUUUGAUUUUUAUUAGCUUUUCAACAAUACAUGUUUAGAAAGGGUAAAUCAUUUUUUUUAUAUCCAGGUUUGAAAUACUUGUUUUUACUUCCUUUUAAAAAAAAAACAUACAGAUUUUCAAUUGUUUUUCUUUUAGUGGCACCAAAUCUAGACCCCCGGAUUUGAGGGCUGUCACAGUUGGUAUCAGAGCUACAGGUUAUAAGUUAUUGAAAUCAGAAUGUAGGUUAUAAAAAUAGGUUUGAUAAAAAGGAUUAUGUGGUGUGACCUCAUAUAGAGGUAUCGUAAGACUAUUUGGGGAUAGUCUCUCUAAGCAGAAUAAAAUGAAGCUAGAUGAUUAAGUUUAAGUGUUUAUAGUUAUAGACAUCACGAUUCCUAAUUCUAGUUCUUCUAGUCCUAGUAUAUUGACUAAUUUAGUAUGUCAUAUAAAAAGGAUCAGAAUAGACUAUUAUAAGAACUUUGAAAUUAGAACCACUUGAGGUUGGACUAGUGUUUCUCACAAAGUCUAAUGUAUCCUUUAUAGUAUCCCCCAAGUGUUGAGUAUUAUUUGGAGAGUCACCUUUUGAUUCUUAUCAGAGAUAUAUGGAAUUAGUGAAAGAAUAUAGGUGUUACCAGGUUCGAGUUUAAAACUUCGUAUAUAGUUAAGUAGUGAGCGUUGGAGCUACAUAGAAUUCUUAGAUCACUCGAUCUAGUAGUUAUGAGUGAGUUAAGACGUCAACGCUCUAUGGUGAUGAUUGUAUAAAUUUGGAUAAGGCUGAUCGACAACGAUAUCAAUGAUGGGAUCUUCAGAGGCUAUUACGAGUCAACGAUAAUAUAUGCAAGUGAUCACUAGAAUGUCAAGAAGAAUCACUGGAAUCAGAACAAGUCAUCAAAGGAAUCGAUCAAGAAGACAUCUGUGAGAAUCCUGGCAAUACCUUCCUCAUUGUUGAUUAUAUUGAUUUCUUUCCCAAUCAAUGAUUUCUUCUAACAUCACUUUCACAAAGAUAUUUGAUAAAGAAUAUAUUUUUACCUUUAACUUGAGUUCUCGAAUGAUACUGGUGCUUACUGUAACAUCUUUAGAAUCUAUUCAAUUUUAAUAAUUUCAAACGCUUUCAUAUUCUCUACUCUAACUGAGGUGAACAACCCUACUUAUAGGGGACACAAGGACUACCUGUCUGUGUGAUAGGAGUUGGAUGGGACGCCAUCACUUGUGUGUGUUGUACAUUACAAGAAGGUUAACUACCUUUUGUAGUGUCGUAAUAUAGACACGCAACACCGAGUUCUUUAGAUCAUAUUGGUCUCUCAGUUAUCCUCUUAUUCAAAUAAGAUUUAUUCAACAAACUUAUAAUCAUAUGACCACAGUCACGUGACAUUUGCUUCGAUAUAGGAAAUCAGUCAUACUUUUUAAAUCUUCAAGAUUCUUGUUAUCUCUAAGACUUUGGAGGUAUGCCAACCAAGUUGCCAACAUGAAUUAAGACUUUGUAGUAUGAAGCCCCGGGGGUGAAAGCGGAUGACAAUGCGGGUAUACGGAAGCGAUCAACAAAAAUUUUAUAUAAGAAAGAGAGUAUUACGGAUAUAGAGAUCGUACGCUUUAGUUUGCUUCUCGCUGAUUCCGAGGACGGAAUCCUUUUAAGGGGGGUAGAUUGUGACGAUCCGGAUUUUUGAAAAUUUAUUUUGUUAGUUUAUUUGUGAUUCCUCAAAAAAAAAAAGUGGAAUAAAAAUUUAAUAUUUUAUUCUAGUUUGAUAAAUUCUAAAGUAUUUGUUUAAAUUAUUUUUUUCGGGUUCAUUAGGGUAUCGAAAUUAUUUUGUCUGUUUUGAAUUGAAUACCAUGUUAAAUAUGUGAAUUACUUAUUCUAUGGUUUAAGUUUAUUAUCUGGAUAUAAUUUUUGCUUGUGUGUAUUUUUGUUACUAACUACUAUGUUGUUUAAUGAUUAUUUAUGAUUUUUUUAAAAAUGGAUUACUGGAAAAUGAAUUUCAAAAAAAAAAUACAAAAAUGAUUUGAAAAAUUCUUUUAAUUACUUAAAAAAGACUAUAAAUAUUUUAAGGAGUUUUUAAAGUAUUAAAUAUAUUAUUUUUAUAAAGGUAUGAUUUUUAAAUAUUUCCUAAACACAGCUAACUUCAGAAUUUUGUACAAAUUUUGAAAAUGUUCUAUAAAUCCUGAAACUUUUAUGUGAUUAGUUUAAUAAUAUUUCGGGAUUUGUAUAAAUAUUUUGGUAGUUGUCGGGGGAAAUUUUGCUGCGAGUUAUCUCUGUAAAUCAGUUAAAAGCGGGUAUAUGAUAGCUGAUUAGUCAGUACAUGAAAUAGAUGGCAGUUUAUAAUUAAGCGCGUGACCUUGCAUCUUUACUAACCUUCCGCCACCUGUAUUUUAUUUUGUUCUAUCUUCAGAAGUUAAAACCCCCAAUUCUCACAAUCUCUCUCCCUCGUGAAUCCCUCAGUUCAUCACCAUCCUUUUCACUUCCCCUCUGUACACAAUCCUCGCCUCCAUCACUCACCCUUGCAUCUUCACUGCUUUGUCUUCAGCCGCCGUGCUUUGUUAGGUUGUCUUUUCGCCGCCGUGUCCACUGGAAUCACGUGACGUUGCUUCUUCACCACCUUGUCUCUCCACCGCUGACCUUCUUCGCGCGCCGCCGCCGCUGCCCGUUCUUCUUGCUCAUCCCGGCGAAUUCACAUCCCCUCUCCUGAUAUUGUAAUCAAUGGAUAAUGUUAAAGAUGGUUCGCCUAUUUAGGCUAAGCAUAAGAGUAAGGCUAGGCGAGGAUUGCAAGUGACUAAGUUUCAACCUGAUGGUCAGGAAGAGUAUCCAAGAUCGAGUCCUUGGGACUAGUGGUAAUUAGAGUUGUCUAAAUUUGAUUUAGUUGUAAAAGCAUGUAAUAAGAUUUAUUAGUUUUACUUUUCUGAUUUCAAUAAUAUAGCCUGUUUGCGAUCCUGUUUUAAAGGGGGUUGAACUUUGUUUUUUUCUUAAAUCUUUUAUUAAAGCUUUUAGGUUUUAAAUUCUUUGAUUUUUAUUAGCUUUUCAACAAUACAUGUUUAGAAAGGGUAAAUCAUUUUUUUUAUAUCCAGGUUUGAAAUACUUGUUUUUACUUCCUUUUAAAAAAAAACAUACAGAUUUUCAAUUGUUUUUCUUUUAGUGGCACCAAAUCUAGACCCCCGGAUUUGAGGGCUGUCACAACAGUAGUACAUCCAGAUGUCAACUUCCAUGAUGAGCCAAUAAUGCCAAAGGAGGAGCCAAUUGACUUGGAAGAUAUCCCAAUUCCAGCUUUUCUUGUUCAAGAAACUUCCAAGCCUAAGAAGAAAGUUAAGUCUGUGGCUAAGAGGAUGGCUAACCCUCCUAAACCUCCAAAAGAACCUGAAAAUCCUGAUGACUAUCUCAUUAUUGCUAACAUUGAAGAAAUUUCUGAGUUGGAGCUGGAGCUGGAUGAUCUUCAAGAAGUAAGAGGAAUAGAAGCAACUUCAAAAUUACCUGAAAGAUUGGUAUUCUCUUACAAAAACAAAGGUGAUGUCAUCUGGCCUCUUCACAGAGUUCUGAAUUCUGAGGGAUUCAGUUCUUUAACAAAAAUAUAUGGAUCUAUGAAGAGGACAGGAGGAUUUACACCACCUGCAAAGCAAAUGGUACUAAAGAGAAUCCUUGAGAUCAGGAAGGAAUGGUCCUCAGAUGCUAGUCUGCAAAGAAGGCUGAAAAUUCCCUACACUGGAAAGAAAAUUCACCAUGAACCUACUCCAGUCAUGGAAUUUAGGGACAAUCAAGGUGUUAGGAGAUUUUUCAGACCUAAAGAUCAACUCAAGAUUGCUAGCUUGAAUACUCUGAAGACUCUCCAAUCCAAGCUCAACAGACAAGAUAGUGAUGAAGAAUGGUUCUACAGGAUCUUUCAGAAAUAGAUUAAUUUUCUUGAAGAAAAACUUAAGUCCAGAAGAAGAAGAUCUUCUAGGAACAAGUAACUGCUCAGUCUAGAGGAGCAUAAUCAUUUGUAAACUUUUCUAACUCUUGUAUUUAAAUUCUGCAUUUCAUUUUAUUAAUGUUUUGUUAUCAUCAAGUGUAGAAUUUAUGUCUGCAUCUUCUCCAGUCAUAAAUUGGGGGAGAUUGUUAGGAAUCAAUAAUUUUUGAUGAUAACAUAAACAUUUUGUAACAUGUCUUACUUAGAAUCGUUAUCAAAUUUCAGUUGUAAUUGUUAUAUUUCUUGUCUUUGGGAAUUAUCAACGGAUGGGUAGAAUAGGAUGGCUAAUUGUAAAUAUCCAAUGCCAUGUAAUUUUAUCUAAGUGAAGAAUAUUCAACUGAUGAGAUGUAACUAUUCAACUGAUGAAGACUGGAUGAUGUUUCAACUGAUGAAAAUCAAGCAUUCAACUGAAGAGAAAGUGUUCAACAGAUGAUGCUGAGGAAUUCAACUGAUGAGACUGGAACAGCAUUCAACUGAUGGAGUUUGUAAUUCAUUCAACUGAUGAGCCGGGCAUUCAACUGAUAAAGUCAAGAGCAGUUGAAAGCAACCAGAACUUUCAACUGAUGAAGCAAAGAGCAGUUGAAAGUGACUAGAGCUUAAGUCUGACAAAUCACAUGGAUCGAAUUACACUAAAAUAGACAUGGAAGCCUAAUUAGGAAAAUAAAGAAGAAGCAGAAACAUACUUAUCUCAUGCAGUGCAAUCUGGAUCAAAUCAAGAUGAUGGUCAAAGAUGAAGACAUCUCAGAAAGCAUGCAUAAGACAAAGUUGUGCAGCAUUGUUUUUAGAUUAGAGUGCAUUUUGUAAUCUAGCUAAAAGCUUUGUAAAACUUGGAGUAUAUAACCAAGUUAGAAGCAUCAGUUGAACUUGUUCAAAUUACUUGAGAGAAAAAUCUGAGAGUUAGAACUUGUUUGAGUGAUGAAC